AUGGGGAAAAUUUUCUUAGAGCAUUUAGGAGGUGCUAGACUUUUCUCCUGUGCAUCUUGUGAUGCUAAUCUGACAAAUAGAAGUGAACUCAUUAGUACGAGAUUUACAGGAGCCACUGGUAGAGCAUUUCUUUUCAAUCGAGUAGUCAACAUUAAGUGCAGCAAAGUGCAAGAUCGUGUGAUGCUCACGGGAAGACACAUGGUCAGGGACGUCUCUUGCAAAAACUGUAGUGCAAAACUUGGCUGGAUUUAUGAAUUUGCCACAGAAGAAAAUCAAAGAUAUAAAGAAGGAAGAGUUAUUCUAGAAAGGGCACUUAUCACAGAAAGGAGAGUUAUUCUGGAAAGGGCACUUAUCACAGAACUUGAUGGCAUCGAUGAACGAAUCCGAGAUGAUUGA